UUUUUCCUCACACAACACACACACAUAUUGUAUACAUACAUAUACAUACACACAAAACCACAUAUAUCAAAACUUACACCAUUCUAUUCAAGUACAAAUCUUUCUGGGUUUUUGUCACAAAAAAGAAAAGAAUGAUUAACUUAAGUGCAAUAUUUACAAUCUGUUUAAUAUUGUUUCUAAACAUAGAAAGUUCAGAGGAAGUGGGGAUAACCAUUAUUGAAAGUGCUGUUGCCAAAGGAGCAGUUUGUCUGGAUGGAAGCCCACCAGCAUAUCAGCUAGAUAAAGGAUUUGGAGAUGGUGUCAACAAUUGGUUGGUUCAUAUACAGGGAGGAGGAUGGUGUCAUACGAUUGAAGAUUGUGUGUACCGGAAAACUAUGGACAACGGAUUGGGAUCGUCGAAGUUGAUGCCCGAGUUGUACUUCUCCGGGAUCUUGAGCAAUAAAGCAGAUCAGAAUCCUAAUUUCUAUAACUGGAAUAGGGUCUACAUGAGAUAUUGUGACGGGUCAUCAUUCACGGGUGAUGUGGACGAAGUUGAUACCGUCAAUAACCUAUACUUUAGAGGUGCAAGGGUGUUUGAUGCUAUUGUUGAGGAGCUCAUGAGCAUUGGAAUGAAGGAUGCACAAAAUGCUCUUCUCUCUGGGUGUUCUGCGGGUGGAUUGGCUUCAAUAUUGAAUUGUGACAAGUUCCGCGGAUUCUUCCCAUCAAGUACUAGAGUAAAAUGUGUCCCUGAUGCCGGUUAUUUUGCUCAUGUGAAAGACCUCUCUGGAGAGUACCGUUUUGAACAAUACUAUGACAAAGUCGUGACAUUACAUGGAUCCGCAAAAAAUCUACCUUCGGAUUGUACUUCGAGUAUGAAACCUAGUUUGUGUUUCUAUCCUCAAUACGCUAUGCCGUAUAUUAAAACGCCUAUUUUCGUAGUAAACUCCGCUUACGAUACAUGGCAGGUGUUCAACAUUUUGGCAUCAUAUGAAGCCGAUCCCAAUGGUGAGUUCACCAAGUGCAAAAAUGAUUUGAAAGAAUGCUCGGCAACCCAACGCCAACGACUCCAAGAUUUCCGCUCAGACUUUUUAGGGGCGCUUUCAGUCGUGACGAAUAGUUCAACCAAAGGAAUGUUUGUUAACACUUGCUACACUCAUUGUGAAACUGACCAAACCAUAUGGUUUGAAAAACCUACUUCAAAGUUGGAAGAUAAGACCAUGGCAGAGGGAGUUGGUGAUUGGUUUUAUGACAAAAACAUGUUCCAAGGGGUCGAUAACCAGCAAGUGGAUCCACACUAUUGUUAAGCUCCGAUCAAUUAUCAUAAUUUUAGCAUACAAAGAUACAAAAAGCUCCUUAAAUUGUGUAUUUUCUUUGUUUAUAGUUAGUUACCUUCUUAAAUAAAUACAUGUAUGAAUGUUGACGACAUCAUAGCGUCACCUUAUAAGUUAGUGUACUCUAAACAUAAUUAUUUUGAAAUGAAUAAAGUUAAUAGUUAAGUUCGAUACAGUAA